GGCCUCUGUAUUGCGCCGGAAAAAAUUCAGAAAAUGCCACCAUGGAAAUAUUUAGGCUGGCGCGUAAGAGCUCAAACUAUAAUUCCUCAAUCUUUACAGAUAAGAACAGAUAUAAAAGACUUACAUGAUGUGCAAAAAUUACUGGGGACAAUCAAUUGGGUUCGACCACUGUUGGGGAUUUCUACUGUGGAAUUGAGUCCUUUAUUUGAAUUACUUAAAGGGGAUGCAAAUCUAAGUUCCCCCCAUAGCCUUGGCCCUGAGGCUAUUGAUUCUCUGCAGAAGGUUGCUGCAGCAAUUGCUCACCGGCAAGCACAUCGAUGGGUCCCUGAGUUGCCCUUUUACCUAAUCAUUUUAAAUCCUGCUCGACAGCCUCAUGCACUGAUGUUUCAAUGGGAUCCUCAGAAAUCAGAUCCACUAUUAAUUAUCGAGUGGGUUUUCCUGUCAAACCAACCUACAAAAACUAUCUUAACACAGCAUGAGAUGUUUUCUUUCCUGAUCAUUAAAGCUAGACAGCGUCUGUUGACAUUGUCAGGAGUCGAUUUUGUAUCCAUUUGCUUGCCUGUGACAGACGUGCAUUUACAGUGCCUUUAUCAGCAGUCAGAUGCCUUUUGCAUAGCGCUGGCAGGCUACACAGGUCACCUUACAUCUCACCCACCUCCACAUAAACCAUUAAAUAGCAAUUUCUCUCGGAUACCCAAACCAAAAAGGAGUGAUUUGCCACUACAAGCCCUCACUGUAUUUACCGAUGGAUCUGGAAACUCACAUAAAUCAGUCAUCUUGUGGUGGAAUGACCAACAGGGACGAUGGGACUCAGACAUAGAGACCAUCCCUGGUUCUCCUCAAAUAGUAGAAUUGACUGCAGUUGUUCGAGUCUUCUGAAAAUGGUCUACACCACUUAAUAUAAUUACUGAUUCUGCUUAUGUUGCAGGAAUUGUUGAACAUGCAGAAGCGUCUGUACUGCGUGAAGUUUUGCAUUCUGGCUCAUUUGCUUUAUUACAGGAGCUUAUCUUCCUUUUAGGUUCACCCCCUCAUCCUUAUUUUAUCAUGCAUGUAAGAGCACAUACCUCUUUACCUGGAUUUAUUGCAGAAGGAAAUCGACAAACCGAUUUAUUAACACUACUGAUACAAGUAUUGCCGGAUCGUAUGGUGCAGGCUAAGCUUAGUCAUUCCUUUUUCCACCAGAACGCUGGAGGUCUCAAACGGCAGUUUGGGCUCACUUCCCAGCAAGCAGCAAAUAUAAUCACAGUAUGUCCGGACUGUCAAAAACAUUCUUUUCCAUCAAUAGCAGGAGGAGUUAACCCAAGAGGACUACAGAGCCUGCAACUAUGGCAGACAGAUGUCACUCAUCAUUCGGAGUUUGGUAAAUGGAAAUAUGUACAUUCCU